AUGGAUUGCGGAAGCACAAAAUAGCCUCUUAUACAAGCGUGAUGCACUUCAUGAAAUCAAUCUCAUGCUACGAGAUUUGACGCGUGAUUUCAUUGGCCUAGUGAGGACGAAGGAACUGAACUAUGUCUCUGUUGAUGCCUCCUCUCUUUAUCUAUUGGAUUCUUUAGAAUCCUCCUUCGCCCGAUCUACGUCGAACAAUCGCUUAGGCUAUCAAACAACGGCAGCUUCUGACGAGCAAUGUGACACGAGGCACAGACUUAC